AUGCACGCCCCCCGGCCCACCUUCCUCCUGCUGCACGUCUGGAGGGCGCUGCUCCUGGCCGGCGCCGCCUCGGGGGCCGCGGUGCCCCUCCACGCGCGGGGGCAGCCCUCGUCGCCGUCCCCUCUGGCCUACAUGCUGAGCCUGUACCGCGACCCGCCGCAGGCGGACAUCAUCCGCAGCCUGCAGGCGCAAGAUGUGGAGGUGGAUGGGCAGAACUGGACCUUUGCUUUUGACUUCUCCUUCCUGAGCCAAAAGGAGGACCUGGAGUGGGCUGAGCUCCGGCUGCAGCUGGCCAGCCCCCUGGGCCUCUCCCCGGGCGUCCCACUCUCCAUCGAGAUCUUCCACCAGCCGAAGCUGGAGGCGGAUCGGGACCCGGCCGGCUGCCCUGAGCGUCUUCGGAUGGAACUGUUCACUGUUUCUCUGUCCCAGGUUACCUUUUCCUCUGGCAGCAUGGUCCUGGAGGUGACCAGGCCACUCUCCAAGUGGCUGAAGCACCCUGGGAAGCUGGGGGAGCAGAAGCCCAAAUUGGCCAGAGGAUGCUGGCCGCGGCCUCCCACACCACCUGCCUCCAACGUGCUCCUCCUGCUCUACUCCAACCUCCCUCCGGAGCAGAGGAGGCUGGGUGGCGCCACCUUGCUGUGGGAAGCCGAGAGCUCCUGGCGGGCCCAGGAGGGACAGCUCUUCCAGGAAAAGGGCAGGAGGCACCCGAGACAUCACUUGCCGGACAGAAGCCAACUGUGUCGGAGGGUCAAGUUCCAGGUGGACUUCAACCUGAUCGGCUGGGGCGCCUGGAUCAUCUACCCCAAGCAGUACAACGCCUAUCGCUGCGAGGGCGAGUGCCCUAACCCUGUGGGCGAGGAGUUCCACCCCACCAACCACGCGUACAUCCAGAGUCUGCUGAAGCGGUACCAGCCCCACCGCGUCCCUUCCACCUGCUGUGCCCCCGUGAAGACCAGGCCGUUGAGCAUGCUGUAUGUGGACAACGGCAGAGUCCUUCUGGAGCAUCAUAAAGACAUGAUUGUGGAAGAAUGUGGGUGCCUCUGAGGUCCUGGAGGGGCGCUGGUUUUGCCCGUUCCCCCGA